UUCCUGCUGCUGCUGCUGUUUACUAUCUCGUUUACAAUAAGCGACGGCUUUCCAGCAGCAGCCUCCUCCUCCCGAGGUAAAUCAGGCUGUUUGCUGGCCUCCUCAGCUCCUCUCUCUUCUCCUUCGCUAGUGGUUGAUCAUGAUUAGCCAAUUGUCUGAUGAUACUCUUGCCUCUAUAUUGUCUCGAUUGCCAUUGGAAGAAGCAAUACGCACCAGCGUCCUCUCAAGUCGAUGGAGACACCUACGGAAACGUAGUACCUCUCUCAACUUUGAUUCCCAGAAAAAAUUUGAAGGAUAAGGUACUACAGAGUUACAUAAGUCUGAAACAAAUAAGUUUGUCACAUGGGUUAAUCAUGUUUUGGAAGCGCAUGAUUCUAGUACUGUAGAAAAGUUUAAAGUGAGUUUUCGCUUAGAUAAACGCUUCAAGUUUGAUAUUGACGGGUGGAGCAAGUUUGCAUUGUCGAGGAAAGUUCAAAGACUGGAGUUGAACCUCCUGUCCAAUAAUGGAUAUGUAGAAGCAAGAAAAGCUUACACGUUUUCGUCGGAGCUUUUUGCUGAAAUUGAAGAGAUUUGUUUGAGUUCAAGGUUUGGCAUCAUGGGCAAUGGUAUGUUAGCUGACGUCAAGUCCCGUAAAGAAGUAUCGUUAAAGCAUCUACAUGUAGGUGACGAAGUUGUUGAGUUCCUUCUGUUCAACUGUCUGUAUCUGGAACAUUUAUCUAUCCGCGGGUCUUAUUCACUGACUAACCUAAAAGUUGGUGGCCCCGUUUGUGCGUUGAAAUACUUGGAGGUACUGGGUUGUCCCUGCAUAAAAUCCAUCUAGAUCUCUGCUUCAAAUCUUGUUUUCUUCAAUUACGUUGGAGUAAAGACAAACUUACUUCUUGAGAAUGUUCCGUCACUUGUUGAUGUCCGUAUUGGUAAUGGCAUGGUUACCUCCUAUUUCGGUGGUUCGAUGAAUGAUUCAUUUUCCCUGCUUUCAUGCUGCCUCAAGACCCUCACAUUGAAACCGGAUAUCGUGGGUCAGAUUUGCCAAUUGUCUGAUGAUACUCUUGCCUCUAUAUUGUCUCAAUUGCCAUUGGAGGAAGCAAUACGCACCAGCAUCCUCUCAAGUCGCUGGAGACACCUAUGGAAACGUAGUACCUCUCUCAACUUUGAUUCCAAGAAAACAUUUGAAAGGAUAAGGUACAAGCCAGAGUUACGUAAGUCUGAAACAAAUAAGUUUGUCACAUGGGUUAAUCAUGUUUUGGAAGCUCAUGAUGCUAGUAGUAUAGAAGAGUUUAAAGUGAUUUUUGGCUUAGAUAAACGCUUCAAGUUUGAUAUUGACGGGUGGAUCAAGUUUGCAUUGUCGAGGAAAGUUCAAAGACUGGAGUUGAACCUCCUGUCAGGAAGAAAACCUUACACUUUUUCGUUGGAGCUACUUGCUGGGAUUGAAGAGAUUUGUUUGAAUUCAAGGUUUGGCAUCAUGGGCAAUGGUAUGUUAGCUGAUGUCAAGUCGCUUAAAGAAGUAUCGUUAAAGAAUCUACAUGUAGGUGGCGAAGUUGUUGAGGUCCUUCUGUUAAAUUGUCCAUAUCUUGAACGUUUAUCUAUCUGCGGGUCUUGUUCACUGAUCAACUUAAAAGUUGGUGGCCCCGUUUGUGCAUUGAAAUACUUGGUGGUAAUGGGUUGUCGCUGCAUCAAAUCCAUCAAGAUCUCUGCUUCAAAUCUUGUUUCAUUCAAUUAUGUUGGAGUAAAGACAAACUUAUUUCUUGAGAAUGUUCCGUCACUUGUUGAUGUCCGUAUUGGUGAGGGCAUGGUUACCUCCUAUUUUGGCGGUUCGAUGAAUGAUUCAUUUUCUCUGCUUUCAUGCUGCCUCAAGACCCUCACAUUGAAACCGGGUAUCGUGGGUUUUGUACUUCCUGAGUGGCUGCCUAAGUUAUAUGCUCUUGAACAAUUGAUCGUGGAAAUAACAGCAAGCCGUGAUACAUCUUUCCUUAAUUAUGCUACCUUCAUAGAGGUGGCGCCUCACUUGCAGAAAUUUGCAUUUCAGGCAGCUUGGGAUUAUUCUAACCUUUCUGUUUGUAAGAGAAAGGUUCAAAGGUGUGUUCGACAUUUCCACCAUCGAUGCCUCAAGGAAGUGAGAUUGGGAGGGUAUUAUGGUCGUAAAAGUGACCUUGAAGUUGCAAUCUUUUUUUUAGAGAAUGCCGUGGCACUUGAGAAGAUGAUUAUUAAUCCUCGUGAUGAAUCAUCAUUUCUUCCCGAUUAUGCUUUCUCGAGGCAACGAGCUGCUAGAAGUCGUGCCAAGCAUCAACUUGACGGAAUAGUACCCGCGGGAGUCAAGUUAGUGAUCCUUUAACUUCAACAGAGUAGCUUGCAAUGUGCGUGAUGGUGUUUUUUGGUGGAAGAUAGAAGUCGAGAUAGCGAUCUUUCUGUUCAUUAGCUAAGAUUCCAGCUUGGGUGAUGCCGUGUAUUCUAUUUAUUCGUCAAUGUAUGGAUUAUUUAGCUUUUUCAUUGGAUAAGAGUGAGGGAGAUUACGAUCGAUAACACCAAGCUUGGUUUGCUCAUGUCAAAAAAUCUACUAUUCUGCUCAGUUCAUGACCUUAACAUAUUCGGGCUACUGAAUUUGGCUCGGGCUUUGGGUUAUUAAUUUUUUAUUUAUUUAUAGAACUUCCUCUUAUGGAAGAAAUUUCAAUGUUUA